GGAAGGAGGAGAGGGGGGGGUCGGCGUUGCCUGGCGGGGCGGGGGAUGGGGCGCCUGUUGCUUCUUCGAAGGGGGCUGCGCACCCCAUCCGUCCGGUUUUGAGGGAGAGGGACGCCCUCGUUCUACCGUGAGAAGAGCUUGUUCUCGCUUCUGAGAUAUGAUGUGCUCACUGAUGCCCUCUGAACGGUCUUCUGGGGCCUCUUUCCUGCAAAGCAACAGAGCCUCGUUUUCUUGGGGUUCUUUGGAUGAAGAAUUGGAUGAUUCCUUGCUGGAGCUGUCUGAUGGCGAGGAAGAUGACGGCCAUUUCAGUUACACAGAGGAAGAGAUCCAGGAGCUUUUAAAAGAUGAUGACCUGUCAAAUUCUUGGGGAGGAGGGUUGCAGAAAGAUGAUGGUCGACAUGUUGAGAAAGGAGGGAAAGGGGGUGCAGUUUUCCUUGAUCCUCCCAGAGAGGAUAGCUCCCUGUGCAGCCCGGGACCAGUACCUGAGUCCCCUGGUCUCUCUAAACUACCUCAACUACAUACAUCAGUUGGUGUCCGGCCAACUCCUCCUAAAUCCUUAAACAGACGUUUUGCGCUAGAAAAUAAUCUCAUAAAAGUAACUGUUGUUGCACCAUUUAAUCCAACAGCUUCUGAUGCUGUGCAUGAUGAGAGCAAGAUUAAUUCCUCCAAAAUUACAGAAAACCCCUCUUCCCUCAGGGAAGAGAUGAGAGAUAGUCCCACCUUGAAUGAGAGUAGACCCUGCACUGAAUCCAAAGGGGUCAGACCCAUUAAUUCCACCCAGGAUGGGCCUCUGUUCUCUUCUUCACAUGAUAACAUUCAACAAACUGUCUCUGAUAAAAACCUGCCUCAUAGUAAGAAACCUACACCUAUAUCCCCUCAGAUCUCACACCGUCCAGAGACUCCGACUGCGGAGUCAACCUGGCAAAAUGAAGAAUCACAAAAAUCAAGUAGUUCUGAAAUGGAGUUUUCGGUUGUUUCUAAUGCACCCAACAAAGAUAUUUGUGACAAAGAUUCUGGGAAGAUGAAAGCCAAUGAGAAAAGACUAGGCAAAGUCAUUCCUGUUCUACAAACUAAAACCAGGACAAGUGUUCCGACAUUUUCACAAUCGGAUCUAGAACAUCAGAAGCAAAUUUAUCUCAGGAGGGUCAUUGCUCAUAUAGAAGAUCCAAUGGACUCCAGCCAAGGUGCCUUGGGAGAGCUGUACGCCUUGAUGGAUCAAGUUCAUCAUAUGCAGAACCCCAAGCGGCAGCAUCCUUCAGAUCUGACCAUGCGAAACUACGCCCGGUACCGACAGACUCCCCCACAGAAAUACAGCCUGAACCAGUGGGUUGACUGGAAUAAGCGGAGCUACCAUCGGUUCCAGCAGCUUCCCGACUUGUCGUACAGUCCGUUUGUCUCAUCCCAGCAGCAGUGAGGGUCCCACACCAGGGCCCUUGCCAGAGGAGCAGCUCAUUUUCUUCUGCUGUUUGUGCUUGUAGAUUUUGAGCUUUAUUUUUCAUAUGAUUUUAUUUAAACAACUUGUCACCUUUUGGAAAUGUCUUGCUGACUUAAUUUUUUUUUUUUUUUUUUGUAUGCGGUCCCUCCUAUUUUUAUGUUAUUAUAUAUGUGUGUUUAAAUAAUGUUAAAUUGAUACCUUUUGUUUUUUUAAGUUGAAAGUGGCUGCCUCCUGAAAGCCAACAUUGAACUGAAAUGCCCCGGCUCCUGGGCAUAGGAGUGAUGUCUCCUAGUGCCUCAGACAAGUCACCCUUGUGGCGCGAGGCACUGCUGAUUGGUGCUGACUACUUGGGGACGGCUGUGCCACUUUUAACAACGUCUGUUACUUUUUUGUUUGAAUUUCUGAAUAAUUGUCAGUAUUUAAAGUUGGCAAUCCAGGACAUUUGAAGUAGAAGAAAAUUCUGUUGAAAGGAUGAAUUAAAAGUGCAGAUCCUCUCCUUUCUGUACCCUACAGCUGCAUUUAUUACUAAGUGGCUUUGUCACUUGUUGCUAAGCUUUGUACAAUAGCAUUCCCAAAUCUCCGUAUCCUAACUCUGACAAAAGGCUGCUGACUGACCUUGUGUUUAAUGUCACAAGGAAUACAUUGUGGUGUUGGGGCCAUCUCCACUACCCCUCAAGGAUGUUCCCCCAGUUCCCGUUGCCUAAGCUUGUCCUCUCAGUCCUCCUGCCCCUUCCUGCAGAGCUGCCUGCCCAGGGUCUUGGCUCAGCGACAGGCAGUGCCACUGAGCUACAGCUGCUCUGCAGUGUCAGAUGCUGAACCCCAACUUCUCGGAUGAGUUAAUGGUUGAAGUUCCACGUGUGUGUGUCGAGAAGCCCCCCUCCUGUGGGAGAUGGGAGAGUUGGGACACGUGCUUCUUCGUCUCCAUUGUUAGCGAGAGGACAUCACCUCCUUCCAUCCACUCAAGGCCCUGUCGCGAGGUUUCACAUGACUGCUCUGGGGGUCUGACCCACCUGACACAAGCUUUUGUACAUAGUAAACAUAACUUGAUCUCCUCAU